AUGUCGGGCAAAUACGUCUUCUCCAAGGGCCUGAAGGAGCUCCGCUUCCUCUUCUGCCAGACCUCCGAGCAGAGCGCUGCCACAAGGUCCUUCCUUAACCGCGCCUACCCUACCAUGAAGAAGCACAACCCGCACACUCCCAUCCUGAUGCGCGAGGCCUCCGGCACCGAGCCGCGAGUCUUUGCCAGAUACGAGCUUGGCAAGGAGACCCAAGAGGCCCUCUCCGGCCUGUCCGACUCGCAAAUCGAAGAGCGCAUCACGACCCUGGUGAAGCAGACUUCAUAA